UCAUCUUUUUUUAGUGGGAGAACUUGCACAAUUGGUGGCUGACUAAAUACUUUUUUGCCCCACUGUAUAAUUAAAAAGUUUGUACACGAGAACGCUCGCAAUUGGGAUAAAUGGCUUGAACCCCUGUUAUUUGCAGUGUGAGAGGUCCCACAAGCCUCCACGGGGUUCUUCCUGUUUGAAUUAUUAUAUGGGCGUAAGCCACGUGGCAACCUAGAUGUACUGUGGGAAAAUUGGGAGAAGGGGCCUUCACCGAGCAAAAAUGAAAUUCAAUACAUUAUCAACCUGCGCGCAAAACUCCCCACACUCACACACCUAAUCCAAGAUUUGCCCAAGAAUGGCAAAUCCACCUGUACAACAGGGGUAUGCGCCUUAGGGAGUUCGCACCGGGAGAUAAAGUACUCAUACUGUUGCCCACGUCGAGCUCCAAAUUGAUUGCCAAGUGGCAAGGACCCUUUGCGGUCACACGGCAAGUCGGGCACGUUGACUAUGAGGUGAGGCGAACGGACAGGGGUGGGGUGCUACAGCUUUACCACCUCAAUCUGCUCAAACUCUGGAACGAGGAGGUCCCCGUGGCGUUGGUGUCAUUGGUUCCGGAGAAGGUGGAGCUGGGGCCAGAGGUUCAAAAGGGAACAUUGACAUCGCUUACCUCUCUGGUCCCCUGUGGAGACCACCUCUCCCCAACCCAGCUCACAGAGGUUGCCCAGUUGCAGACCAAAUUUUCGGACGUGUUCUUGCUCCUGCCCGGCCACACCCGCCUCAUAGAACACCACACUGAGACACCCCUGGGGGUGGUAGUGCGCAGCCGCCCUUACAGGCUACCCGAACACAAUAAAAAGGUGGUUCGGGAAGAACUCGAGGCCAUGCUCGACAUGGGCAUCGUCGAGGAGUCCCACAGUGACUGGAGCAGCCCAGUGGUCUUGGUUCCCAAGGCUGAGUGGUCGGUCCGGUUCUGUGUGGACUAUAGAAAAGUCAAUGCGGUGUCUAAAUUCGAUGCGUACCCAAUGGCUCGUAUUGACGAGUUGCUGGAUCAACUAGGCACGGCUCACUUUUAUUCGACACUGGAUUUGACAAAGGGUUAUUGGCAGAUCCCCUUGACUCCACUAUCCCAAGAAAAAAUGGCCUUUUCCACAUCGUUUGGCUUACAUCAAUUUGUCACACUUCCUUUUGGGCUGUGUGGGGUGCCCGCUACGUUCCAGUAGCUUAUGGACAGGGUCCUCUGCCCCCAUGCCACCUAUGCGGCCGCAUACUUAGACAACAUUAUAAUCUAUAGUAAUGACUGGCCGCGGCAUCUGCAACACCUGAGGGCCAUCCUUGGUCGCUGAGGUGAGCGGGUCUCACGGCGAACCCGAAGAAAUGUGCGAUUGGGCGGGUGGAAGUACGGUAUCUGGGCUUCCACUUGGGCAAUGGGCAGGUGCAUCCCCAAAUUAAUAAGACCGCAGCGGCCUGCCCGAGGCCCAAGACCAAAAAGGGGGUGAGACAGUUCCUGGGGCUGGCUGGCUACUAUUGUAGGUUUAUACCUAAUUAUUCGGACGUCACCAGCCCGCUGACUGAUCUCACUAAAAAGGGGGCACCAGAUCCGGUCCAGUGGACGGAGCAAUGCCAGCGGGCUUUCUCUGAGGUGAAGGCUGCACUGUGUGGGGGGCCACUGUUACACUCCCCUGACUUUUCUCUCCCUUUAUGUUGCAGACGGACACGUCAGACAGAGGGCUGGGGGCUGUUCUGUCCUAGGAGGUGGAGGGGGAGGAUCGCCCCAUACUGUACAUCAGCAGAAAGCUGUCAGUGCAUGAGGGGUGCUACAGCACAAUAGAGAAAGAGUGCCUAGCCAUCAAGUGGGCGGUCCUCGCCCUCCGCUACUACCUGCUGAGACGCCCUUUCACCCUCUGUUUGGACUACGUGCCCCUCCAGUGGCUACACCGCAUGAAGGAUGCCAACGCAUGGAUCACCCGUUGGUAUCUGGCACUCCAGCCCUUUAACUUCAAGGUGAUCCACAGGCCGGGGGCGCAGAUGGUCGUGGCGGACUUCCUCUCCCAUCAAGGGGGGGGGGAGUCGGCUGCAGGCUGGACGGCUGCCUGGCCUGAGUUGGGCAGUGGGAGUAUGUGUCAGCAGGGGCAUGGUCAAGCAUCGGUCUGUGACUGGAGGGUGGAGUCAGGGAAGGUAAGUGGCAGAAUCACUGCACCUGAUGUGAGUUAACCUAUGUUUGUGCAUCUUCCCCAGUGACUGUGCCCUAUAUAACAAGAGAGAGAGCAGAGGAAGGGAGCUCUCUCCCCAACCAGAUGACUGAUGUGUGUGUAUGUGUGACUGGGAGAUUGAAAAGCUGAAAAUAAAGAGCUUUUUGAAACUCAGUUCUGGCCUGCCGUACUUCUGUGCUCCACCCAUCUGCUCAAAGUCCUACAGUGUACUUGUGCUGUUUUGUGCUUAUGUGGUUUUCAUGUUGUAAAGUAUACUUGUGGGUUUUUUUUGUGCUUAUGUGCUGAGGUUUUUUUUAAUGCUCCCACACUGUACUCCUCACAGGAGCAUAGGGUGGGGGUCACUUUUUUUCUCCUCGCCUUUCCUUUUGUUACUCUGUAAUUUUCUUUUUUCCCUGUUUUCCUGUCCUGUCUACUCCCCUUCUGUCAAUUAUGUGUAUGUAUGUAUGUAAGGACAGGUUGAUGGUCAAUUUCACUGGUACAGUGAUAAUGAAGGGUUCAUUCAUUCAUUCAUUCAUUAGGAUUCUACUGAGGCCCAAGGCCUGUGCGAUGAAGACAAUGUCAAACAGGUGCAGGCCACUCAGGCAGCAAAGAGGCACACCUGGAGUACCAGGAGCAGAAGAGGAUGGGGUGAUGUAUGAGGAGAGCCGUCCCAAGUUCGAGCACCAGACGGGUGUCGAAGACCAGACGAUGGCAAAGAAGUUGGGAGUUGCAUUGCGGGAGUCACAUGCUAGGGCACAAAUACUAGUAGUACUACUAGUAGUCUUCACGCUGACGUAUAAAAUUCUACCAAAUCCAACACACAACAACUCAGCCACAUAGGGAUACAUACCUGACACAAAGGUGCACACACUCACUCCAAAGUUGUGCUUUACAUAGCACAAAAGAGGCUCUGCUUCAAAAACUACACACUACACUCUGACAGUGGAAAUACAUCAAGGUCAUUGACAGGGCUCUCCUUCAACUCGGCCCAGAGUGCUUAAUAUGGCCGCACCAAUUUUUUAGCCCGUUUUCACACGAUAUAGCACAAAAUGCAUAGCCUUCCAGCUCGAACCACUGGUGCACCUUGCUCUUUUAGGCCACUGUGCGAGAUGCUCGGUCUGUACCUGGGCAUACUGGAGCUUGGAAGAAAAGUGAAAGCCUUUUCUCUCUAAAUGUGUGCUUGAUUGCUUUGGAUAUUGUCUUGCAAAUUUUAUUUUCACCAAGAAAUGCCAUGAGAAAACACAACUGCGAGUGUUUCAUGGAAGUGCAGUCACUCAGCGGCAGCACAGUUGAGUCUAAAACAUUCUCAUGACUGCUUUUAAGACCAGCCCCCCCCCCCCCCCCCCCCGGGACGAGGGGAGGGAGGUUUCUCCGUCUUACACACAGCGUUUCACUCACUUCCUCUACUUAGCUCCAAGACAGUUGACAGAAGUUGCUCCCGCCACCGCCUUGCCGGGCAAAGUACCCAAAAAGAAAGCAGCUUCAAGGACCAAAAAAUCAGGCCCGAGCAUUGGCGAGCUCCUCAUCAAAGCAGUUUCUUCAUCCAAGGAGAGGAACAGCAUGUCCCUGUCUGCCUUGAAGAAAACUUUGCAGGCCGCCAGAUACGAUGUGGAGAAGAACCACCACGUCAAAAUUGCCACCAGGAACCUUGUGGCAAAAGGCAUCCUGGUGCAGACCAGAGGGACCGGUGCAUCUGGCUCUUUCAAGCUGAACAGGAAGCAGACCGAAGGCCAGAAUCCCACCAAGGAAGCCGCGCCCAAAGCCAAAAAGGCAGCCGCCAAAAAACCCACUGUGGCUAAGAAACCCACUGUCACCACCAAGAAGUCUCCUAAGAAGGCAAAGAAGCCCCCUGCCACCACCAAGAAAGCCACCAAGAGCCCGAAGAAGGCAAAAAAAAAUCUACCAGCCCCCAAAAAGGCUGCCAAGAUCUCAAAAAAGACAAAAAUUGAUAAGUCCAAUGCCACAAAGCCCAAAACGGCCAAGGCGAAAAAGGCAGCCCCCAAAAAGAAGUAAACAUGUUUGUUUAAUAUUUUCUUUCCCUAAAUGGCUCUUUUAAAGGUCAACCAAGUUAAAAAAGCAAAAUUCCACAGUGAUCCAAAUGUGUUUUCACAUAUCCAGAGAGAUACCUUACAUUUCUGAGCGUGAUUUUGUGAAUGUGCACUAAUUGCUGGAAAGCGGUAUUUCAUCUGCUUUUCAGGACCCAAAGCUCCACCCUUCAAAAAAUAAACUUACGAGCACGAGAUAGGUCACGCGACCUCGUGACGUAUGUUUCAGAAUAACACGGUGGCAUAGUCGUUGCACCUGGACUGAAGUGCUGAAAGUAAUUUGAGUUGAUUUAGUUACUUACAAAGACUGAGUCCAGAGUUUUUGCCUACAGUCCCCAGCCAUGCCUACUCGGUGUAUAAUCGCAGGUUGUGGCAAUACAUAUAAAGACAGGGUAAGCUUUCAUCACUUCCCCAAAGAUGAGACCAUCAAAAAAUUUGUGCCAAAAAUGAAGUCGUACAGAUAUCAUGGCAUCCUCAGCAGGUAAGUUCAUACCUCUCGCUAAUCUUGAUAACUCAGAAUGUUGCUGUUUUCAUGCUGAUAAUAGAUAACAUCACAUUCAGUAUCAAUAUUAACAGCAUCAACAAAAUCAUUGUUUCUUUCCUAUCAUUUCUAUCUCAGGAUUCAUUUGGCAGCACUACACUACAACGCAAACAGUGACAGAGAGCAGGCAAGGACAAGUAAAGGGGACCUACGCUAUAGUAUUUGAAAACCAAAGUACAAGCCAGGAAGUGCUUCAGCUAAGCCAGUCAAAGAACCAUGCAACUACUCCUAUGAUGAGGAACUCAUGGCUGAUGUAUCGGAGCAAGACUUUGACACUUCACCACCAGAGAGGCAGCCAUCACCACCACCUUUGAGCAGGGCCAUGUGUACCCCCCCAAAGAGGAGAUAAUCCGAUGCCAUCACAGCUGAUUUUCCAAAAAAUGAUUGUAUUGUGCUGUAUGUACACAUCAGAGAAACUUUUGAUGGGCAAAUGUGUGUCAUGUGUGAUCUUGUGCCUUUUUGGGUCUUUGAAAACUUUUUCAGUUCUGUUUCAACACCAUACAUAUUUAUUAUUAUUAUUUAUUUUUUUUGUUAUCAUUGCUGAGGUUAUUUCAGGCAAGUGUUAGUGUUGAUUAUGGACAUAUAAUGUAUCCACACUGGAUUGGGAAGGAUUGCUGUGUGAAUCCUUUUCCCAGGUCUUUGGACCUCUGGUUUGUCUUUGUUAUAGGGUUAACAAAUGCAUUAGAACAAAUAAAUCUGAUUCAAGUAUA